AUCUGAUGAGUCUGAAGAAAAUGCAGACUCCAAAGUGAAUAGAAAAGAAGAGUAUAAAAAUGGGAGAGAAAAAGAAGGAAGAGAAAAUGGGAAUGUCAACCAUCACACAACAGAGCAACCAUCAAAGAAAAGAAAGGAAGACUUCUCAGAAUCAAAGUCUGAGGUUAAAAAGCCUUCCCCAGAGAAGAAAAAGGAAGUACCAAAGACAACUCCUGUCAAAGUCAGAGGAUGUGGUUGAAAUUCCACCCUCAUUGGAAAAGAAAAAGUCUGGCUACUGUAGUUUUAUGGCAAGAGAUGGUCCUAGGGCACUUGGUUCAAAGGAAAUCCCUCAGGGAGCGGAAAACUGUUUGGAUGGACUGACAUUUGUUAUUAUGCAAAUCUUGGAAAGUAUUGAGAGAGAGGAGGCUGCUGAUUUGAUUCAAAGAUAUGAUGGAAAAGUUACCCAAUCAGUGAGCAAGAAAACAAGUUAUGAUGUGGUGGGAUGGGAUCCUGGAGAGAGCAAACUUUCCAAGGCGAAGCAAUGUGGAAUAUCAAAAAUGGAUGAAGAUGGUCUGUUUGAGCUUGUGAGAACAAAACCAAGCAAUGAGACCAGCUAUGAAUCACCAAGUGUGGAGAAGAAGGAGAAAGCUGAACCAAUGGAGUCCCUCAGCCAGGGAAAAGAUCAGUUUGAGAGUGAUUCAUCACAACUGAGUGAAAGAUCCAUGUCAUUUCCAGCAAUACAAACACCAUCAUCAUCACCUGCACUGAAAGGCAUGUAGAAUUAACAAAUGGCAUCGUCUGGAGAAUAGAGGGAUUCAGAUACAGGUACAAAACAA